AUGAAGGAAAAUGAUGUCCUAGAUAGAAGCCCGCUGCCGAGGAGACUUGUCUGUGCUAAGUGGCGAACUCAUGCCACUGCUGGAGCUCGAAUUGUACUCACCCUCUCCCUCGCACUCCCUCGCCGCUUGGUUGAUGUUCAAAUCUGGCAACAAACUUGCGCGCUUUCACGAUCGUCGUGGGCAGAUAGUUGGGGAGCCAAUGACGUGUGUAUAUAUUGGAAAUUGAGUGGGAAUCAAGUUGUACGAACGGAAGAACUUGGGAAGAACGAGAAGCGAGUCAGUGACGUCACUCGAGUGGCUGACCCAGCAUAA